UCUAACCUUAGUGUCGAGAAAUCUAACACCACUCUCUCUCCCCUUAAUAUACUCUCUCCAACGGCUCUCUCUUUCCCCUUGUUCUCCAUUCCCAUUCCCCAUCUCCAUGCAAUCCUUAGCUAAAAGAAUUGUAAACAAUUUUGCUCAAAAAGAGCUGCAACCAAUGGCGUAUUCAGAGCCCACCAUAUCAACUCCAUUGCUCGCAAAAUCUUCAAGCAGUAGCGACUCUGAAGGCAGCCUGACACCAAACCAAUCACCACCAAAAGAGCUUCAAUGCUGCAUUCCAAACACGCUUACCGGAGGUUUGCAGCACAAAUCAUUGGCUAUUCUUUCAGGCCACAUUGGUUCUGUCUCCUGCCUGGCCCUCUGUGGCGAGUUUAUUCUUAGUGCCUCCCAUGGCAAGGACAUCAUCGCCUGGCAGCAGCCCGACCUCCGCCGGUUCACAAAGUUUGGUCAUGGAGAUGGCUCGGUGAAGGCCCUUGUAACUGUCGGGAACCGAGUCUUCUCUGCUCAUCAGGACGGCAGGAUCAGAGUAUGGAAGGUGUCGCGAAGCUCCGAGAACAUCUUUCGGCUGACCGCCACCCUACCGACGACCAAGGACUACUUGUGCAAGUUCAUGAAGCAGAGCAAUUACGUUCAAACCCGGCGGAACCACCGCAAGCUAUGGAUCGAACAUGCCGAUAGUAUCUCAUGUCUUGCAGUCUAUGGUGGUGUCAUCUAUUCAGGGUCUUGGGAUAAGACCUUGAAGGUGUGGAGGGUGGCAGACCUCCGGUGCUUGGAGUCGAUAAGAGCGCAUGAUGAUGCCAUCAAUGGCCUAGUUGCGCACGAGGGUCUUGUUUAUUCUGCGUCGGCCGAUGGAAAGAUCAAGGUUUGGGAGAAGGGGAGGAGCAUGCAUUGCUUGAAGCGAGUGUUGGAGGGCCGCAGGGAUGUGUCCUGGAAUGCGGUGAUCAUCUGCGAUGAAGGGAGAUUGGUAUACGGCGGAGGGUCCGAUGGGCGGGUUAUGGGAUGGGAAAGAGAUGUUGGGAGGGACAAUUGGACGUUGGUUUGUGAUGUGAGGACUCAUGAGAUGGCUGUGCUGUGCUUGUGUUCCAUGGGGGAGUUUGUGUGCAGUGGUUCAGCUGAUAAGAGUAUUGGUGUGUGGAGGAGGGAGAGUGGGGGAGGGCUUUGGAGGGUGGGGAUUAUAAGAGGGCCUGAAGGGCCAGUGAAGUGCUUGCAGGCCUCUUGCUAUAGUGUUGGAGAGGGGUUUAUGCUCUAUAGUGGUGGGCUUGAUAAGAGCUUGAGGGUUUGGUGGGUGCCUAAGGAAUAUAGUGGGGCAAGGAGAGUGGAGUAGAGAAGGAUAAGGCCUGAAGAAAUGCAUCAUAUUGCAGUAGAUAAAGGAUGUUUGAUAUAAACUUCAUAGAUCUAAUAGAGGGUGUUUUGGUGUGCUGCCUUGUUCUGGUUAUUUGAAAGUAUCAAGGCACUUUGUUGAUUUGGAGAUAGGUUCCUCAAAAUUUAUGGUUUGGUAUGGCAGAGUGUAAGGAUUUACUUUUGUUAUGAGAAAUGGUAGACUGUUCUCACUAUUCAGGAAAGAAACGUCCUCCUCCCCACUCUGCCAGUACUGUGAUUUGAUUGCUGAGAACUACACAAGAGUGAUUCAGGCUCCUAAAGAAACACAGUUUGUAUGAGUGCUGAGUUUAUAAUUUGCACAAUUAAUCUCAUCCUUCACAAUAUUUUGGAACA